AUGAGCGACGACCCUCAGGUGAGCGGAGACUCUCAUAUGGUGGGCCUCCUCGGGCAAGAGAUCGACUGGUACGGCGAGGACAGCGGGUGGUACUGCCUUCUCGUCAACUCCGAGUUCCAGGUCAACGCGCGCGUGACCGCUCCUAUGCCUGACGAAUUCCCUACCCGGCAGCUCGUCUCUGGCGUGAGCAUCAGGUCAGCCGAAGGCCCUUCUCUGGUGGUUGAGGUGAAGAAUCCGAUCACCACCGAGACGGAGGGAUGCUCUUCUACUUCCGCUCCUUGUCUGGCGGAAGGAGCCCUUCGUAUCCUCGUCGACGGCGACGAGUCCCACGCGCUCCAAAGCCCCGUCGAGAACCUCGUUCUCCCGGGCGGCGAUUUGGUGGUCUCCUCCGCCAACCUUCCGGCGGAGUGCCGGCCCUUCGGGGGCGACCGUAUCUGGGCCGCCCAGUUCGCUGCGAUGAACGACGCCAGUGGCCGCCGUUCGCUACGCGGUCACACCCCCUUCGCAGACUGGGUGCUCGAAGCGGACACCAUGGCCGCCCCAGGUUGGUGCGCGCUGUUUGCACGCGAGCAACGGUUGAGCGGAUUGUCCAGCGUGCAGUCCAACCGCGCCAUCCUGCGCGUCGAGACCGGCGGUGUCACCGUCAGGGUUGAUGUCGGCGUCAACUACCAGGACUCCGUGCUCAGCUCUGACGGCAACGCGGUACUGGUGCCCGAGCUUGAUUUCUGGCAGACCGACAUUGCCUUCGAAGAACUACGGCCUUCCGGCGAGCUCGGGGGGAUGCUGGGUGACACCGCCCGCUACGUCAUUGACGACGACGGAAAGCCCAUUACCAGCGGUAUGGAGGCGCUGCGCGGCCCGGUGGAGACGUGCCGCGUGUCUGGCCCCCUCGGUGUCGACUUUGAACAGAUGCAUGGUGCUGUGGAGCAAGGGAACGUCUUUGCUUGA